CGUGCUAUGCGCAUGUGCAUACCAUUUCUUCGUUUUUGAACUCGGGAGGGUUGCCGGUGCGGCUGUGUUUCUCGUCGCGGUGGUAGAUGUUCACAUUGUGGUCGAAUUGGACACCCGAAUAACUCGUCGGGUGCUUGUAACCAACAACUAAGGUGACGAGUACCUUUUAUUUCGUUUGCAUCAUCGUUCCACGGUGCGAGUAGGUGUAACGCCCCCCUCCCCAGGCUGAUUCUAAGAUGGGCAGAAACAAGCAUGACGCUGACGAGGACAGUGACUCCGACUCUAACAUCUCCAGUAAGUCAUCAGAGUCUGAUUCUGAAGAGGAGUUGAAGAAGAGUAAGAAGACGAAACAAGACACGCCCCUUAGCGUCAAGAAAGCACUGAAGAGAGAGAAGAAACGGGAGAAGAAAAAGUCCAACAAGGACAAAAUAUCCAUGGACGAUUUCUACAGCAGGAACGCCGAGUUCAGGUCAUGGCUGCAGGAGAAGAAGGGAAAGUAUUUCGACCAGUUGAAGUCACCACAAGCAAAGAAGCUGUUCAAGAAGUUUGUGAAGAAAUGGAACAAGAAGAAGUUGGACAAAAAGUACUACAAAGGCAUGGACAACUUGGACACAAGUGCAUCGUCCAAAACCAACUACAAGUGGAAGUUUACGUCCACCCUGAGCAGUGCCGACAAUGAUAGAGUGGCAGGCGCUCGCUCCCAAGUUCGGAGCUGGAGCGGCAGCCAGGACGAGCUGGAUCAGCAUAACAUGUCCGGCGCCAGCGGAUUCUCUACCUUCGGAAAGUCACCAGCGCCAGCUGAUAGAAGUUUCUCGAGAACCCCUGCCUCAAGUCAGAAGCAGGGCAGUGACGUCCGCCUGAUAGGACCCAUGCCUCCCCCACAGGAAUCCCCCACCGGUAGGCCUGCAGUCCAGGCGCACAAGAGGCCGUCUCCCGCUGCCAGCACACCUGGGGCAGGGCAAGACGAGUCCUACCUGAUGGGCGGGGACAACUUCCUGGCCAAAAUUCAGGCAAAGAAGAGAAAGCUGGAGGAGAAGAGGCAGAAGCAGAUUCAGGUGGCCUCAGAAAAGGUCCGCGAGCACCAGGCCAAGGAGAAGGAAAAGAUGCAAGCCCUGCUGGAGAUGGCUCGUAGUAGCCGCCAUGAGAAUUCUCUUUGGAAGGAUGCAAAGAAAUAGAAAUACCAUGACAUAUCACCACUGUCCUACACUGUCAAGUUACAUUACAAAUCCAUGACCUUGUUUUAUAGUGCCAGCUACAGAUGAAUUAGGACUUUGGCAUGUUGUCUAGGAUUUAGUUGGUUACAUUGUAUAUUAAUGUUGGGAUGAUUCAGUAGUGCAGUCUGACAGUAAGCUUGAGACUGGGACAAUUAGGAUUUAGACUGGCAAGGCAGAAAAUGUUUCCUUGUCACAUGUUCCUUCAAUUAUGAUGUGUUAAUUGUACAUGUACUACUGACUGUGCCAUAGCUAUAGCAAUGUGCAUUUGGACUAGUGUAGUGAAUCAUAGCUAGUUUACAUGUACAUGAUGUAUGUGUUGCUGGGACAACCAGACUUAAUUUAUUUUAUUCUGUAAGCAUGGGAAUGCAGUUAUGCCAAAGAUGUAUAAUAUACAUGUAGCUCUCAGUUACUUAUGCAACACAUGGGUUUACUUACGUUUUUCAUACAUAUAAUGUGUUUUUAAACAUUAAUGUUAAGAGUUUUCUAUGUUUAUAUAGUAAACAUGCAUGGCUGUAGUGUGACUUAGAUUGCAGGGAUUCUGUUUUAGGGAACAGUACAUGUAUCUAUGUAGAAAUAACUUCUUAUUUUUGGAGAAAAGUUAGAAUUAACACCAGUCUCCUGACAGAACCAGUGCAAAGAAUUCCAAUGUCUAUAGUAAUUAGAUGUCUGACCUUGAUGCUUCAUAGUACUGUUGAGUGUUACCAUUCCUGUUACAUCUACAGUUGGUUAGCUACAAACACACUGCUUUAAGAAAUGAAAACAACAGUCUAUGUUCUGCAAAUACCAUCAAGCUCUUUAAAAGUAAGGGGAGAAUGCAUUUAGCAAGGACCUUGCAUUCAGAUAGUUUUACCAGAUUUUUGUCACUGUAAAUUACAUGACGGAAACUAGAUAACUUGUACAUAAAUUUGUUCUGCUGUUUUCAUAGGUAAAAAUCAACCAUACUUGAAGGAUAAGUUACAAAUAAAUGCUAAGUUGGAAGUUCCAGCCUGUCAUUUCUCCAUACAGAAAUAAAAGCAAACAGGAUUUGUAACAAAAUAUGACCAGU